GCCAAACUCCGACACAUCAUUUCGACUAUACCACCAGCGUCAACGACGUCGACGGACACCCUCAAAUAAUCCCCCAUGACUGACUCAACUUUCAAACGUUUCGUAGAGGUUGGACGAGUGGUCCUUCUCAAGUCCGGCCCAUCUGCAGGCAAGAUCGCUGUCAUUGCUGAGAUCAUAGACCACAACCGGGCAAUCAUCGAUGGCCCAACCACCGGCGUACCACGCCAAUCCUUCCCCUACCGCCACCUCACCCUCACCCCCAUUGCUCUAACAAAACUUCCUCGCGGCGCAGGAUCUGGUGUCAUCCGGAAGCAAGCAGAGAAGGAGGGUAUCGUUGCUAAGUGGGAGUCCUCAGCAUGGGCCAAGAAGCGUGCUGCCAUGGAGACAAGACGGUCGCUGAAUGACUUUGAGCGGUUCAGCGUGAUGGUCGCAAAGAAGCAGCGGAGAGAUGUUGUCAGGAAGACCCUGGCCAAGGCUGCAUAAAGGGAUGUAUGGAUACAAAAUAUUGGACAUCUUGGUAGGAUGUCGCGUCGCUGCAUGUUUCACACUUCCCUUACAUCUGUUAUGCUUAUCACGAUAUAUGCAAGCACCAUGCCCGCACUAUAUUGCAAGCAAU